AUGUCAGGACUUUUAACACAAGUAAUUCGUCGUCAGGCAUUAACGAUGAUACCUCGUCGUAUGGAAAGUGCCGUUUAUUUAGCUGGUCCACCAGUAAAUAAAGUGACAAGCAAAGAAAAAUUAAUUGCAUUAGGUUUGUUUCUUACUGUACCAAUGCUUUAUCCAAUAUAUAUCAUGUCAAAUUUACAAAGCUACAAUGGUUCAAAUCGUUCAUUUGCAAAGAAGAAAACAGCCAAAGCUGAUAAGAAACAAUCUGGCAAAAAAGCUGAACAUUAA